UAAAAAGCUCCACUCCGGAUAAGCGGUAGGUCCUAAAACUCGGACUCACGUGAUAAUUAGCGGUCUAACAGGAUCAUGCAAAAAUGAAUAUGCAAUUUUCAAACUGACUACACUCGAUAGCUCUGUGAGUAAUGGUCCAAGCGCGAAAAAUAAGCAUUUGAUAUUCAAUAUUCCGCAUUGUACCAGAUUUCAUCGCACAUGCGCACACCUGCGACCGGAAACUGGAGUGCGAUCCAGAACGAGGAUUGCGUCAAGUUGAUUGAGAUGAAAGAGCACUGGCGACCUAUCUGUAGUUGUUUUUAGGAGUGGGAUCGAGAAAUGGAUCGUGGGAGAAAGAUUCCGCCAUCUUAUAAGCGAUAUUUAUCUGACGAAUCACAAGAUAUUCCUCGGACUACUGAGUUAUAUCGAAAGCUUCCGAAGUCGGCGAGAACGGAACCGACGUCAUCGUCAGAUUCUGAAGAUGAAUUACAAGGGUUGCCGCCUGCGUCUGCAUCAGAGAUUUCAGAACAAGAACUUUCAGAACAAGAACAAGAACAAGUUGUACAAUGUCAAAUAGAUGACAUCAGUGAUUCAUCUGAAGAUGUCUCUGCUGGCUCUGGCCCAGAAAGGGGAUUACAAAUGGAAGUUGGAAAUAUGGAUGAACAUGGAGGCAACACAUGUGACAGUGAGCUACUACAGCAUAUGAAUGCUCAACAAGAAGAAUAUGACGGCGCAGAGCAAUAUAUAGCAGGGGAUGGCCACGAACAUGGACAGCCUGGCUUUCGUCAGGAGAAGCUGUUUGAUGAAAAGCACUUUGACGCCAACAACCCUGUCUUUGAAGGAGCUGAUGUUUCAAAGGGACAACUGCUAGCGAUGCUGAUGGGGUUGUGCCUAAGGCACGGAUUAUCUGGUGUUGCCAUGAAAGACCUUCUCGAUUUGUUUAAUACCGUCAUUCCAGGAUGUGUUCCCUCAAGCAAGUGGUACUUGGACAAAGCUUUCUUCAAUCUGUCCGACAAGGUAGAGUUGCAUUUCUAUUGCACGGACUGUGUAGGAUACAUCGGCAAAGGACCAGACUACCAUUGUGAAACUUGCCUGAAGCAUUGGCACAAGGAGGAACUUCUCAAAUCUGCAAGUUACUUUCUGGUGAUGCCUUUAGCCGAUCAGCUCAAAAACAUCUUGCCACAGUCGGCACUGCGGGGCCACUUUCGACAUGAUGAGAGUGUAGGAGACAUAAACACAGGAAAGCUAUACCAAGAUCAGGGUGAUUUUAUCGACAAUCCGGACAAUGUCACCAUAUCUUUCAAUUGUGACGGCGUUCCCGUUUUCAAAUCUUCGCAGUAUUCUCUUUGGCCAAUACUCUGCACAAUAAACGAGCUGUCACUGGACGAAAGAGGCAAAUCCAUUAUGUUGCAUAGUUUGUGGUUUGGGCGGCACAAACCCCGGGUCGACACCUAUUUCGCUCCGUUCAUUGCUGAGCUCCAGAGUUUACAUGAGAAUGGUGUAGCUUGGAUCGAUAGUACUGGCCUGCAGAGGAAUAGUAGAGUGCAUGCACUAGUUUGUGUCUGUGAUGCUGUGGCGCGGGCCAUGAUUCAAAACUUUAAACAGUUUAACGGAAAAUAUGGAUGUGGCUUUUGUUGCCAUGAAGGUGAAGUUGUUGACAAGGGAAAGGGGCACACCAGGGUGUAUCCUGUAAAAGCUGAUAUAGUUCCGUUAAGAUCCAUGGCGAGCACAGUUGAGUUAGCCGAAAGAGCAACUGAGAGCGGCGAAGCUCAGAUGGGUGUCAAAGGGGCGAGUCCUUUGUUUCUGUUACCUUCCUUUGACUUUGUCAAAGGAUUUGUACCAGAUUACAUGCAUUCUGUGUGUCUAGGAGUCGUUAGACAGUUUACCAACCUGUGGCUUGAUGGCAAGUAUAGUGCCGAAGAAUAUCACCUACUCCCUGACCAAAUGAGACAGAUUGACAGUGCCCUAUGUGAGAUCAAGCCCCCAAGUGAAGUCAGGCGAAACCCAAGACCGCUUUCUGAGAGAGCCUUUUGGAAAGCCACUGAAUGGAGAGCGUUUCUGUUGUUGUAUUCCCCAGUUGUUAUGAAAGACUUUCUACCCAGGAGGUUUUACAAACAUUGGAUGCUACUUGCAUUUGCAUUACAUAUUCUUCUCUCCUCCGUGACAACGCAGGAUCAGGUCAACUGUGCAGAACUGUGUCUGGUCCAGUUUGUGGCACAGAUUCCUCAACUGUAUGGCAUCGAACACUGCUCAUAUAACUCUCAUUUGCUUGUGCAUCUGGCACAGAGUGUGAGGGACUGGGGGUCGUUGUGGGCCAAAUCUGCAUUUGUAUAUGAAGAUGCAAAUGGUAAGUUACUUGAUUUGUUCAAUGGCACGCAGGCGGUACCUUGUCAGAUUUUCAAGUACUUCUUUGCCCAGCAGAGGUUAAUUCGUUCAGGAACUGCAGUGUUUGAGGACGCACCAAGACCAGUCCGUGAGCUUUUUUGUAGAUUAACCGGUUUGGAUUAUCUGACAAAGGCAGGAACUGUCAUUGCCAGGCACAUAGUGAUGUUGGGGAAAUGUAAUUACAGGCAGUUAUCUGCGUGUGAAAGAGUUGCACUGGAAAAUAGAUUCCCAUUAAACGAUUAUCUGCACAAUAUUCCUUGUCGAAUAUUCAAACGUUGUGUUGUAUGGAAAAUGUUACUGACAACCCAAGGCUACGCAGCUGGCUACAAGAGAAACAAUUCUGUAAUUGCAACAGAAGGAACAUAUGGGUUGAUAGCUUCUUUUGUAGUCUUAUCCAAAGUCUGUCAAUGCAAACAAGAUUGUUCAUGCUCAGAGUUGAUUAUAUAUUAUUAUGAGUUGUCUCCGACGCAAAACCAAUUUGUCGUCUAUGACGGUGAUAUCAAUGUCAAUGUGUCAAAGUUCCUUGUUCAGGUUGAGAACACUGGACGUUUGAUGGUGUGCACCUCAAGGGAAGUGAAGGCCAAGUGUACUCUUGUGGAACAUGCUAACCGUGUUCACGUUGUAAAAAUGCCUGCAUUUGAAAGGGACUAAAAAUAAGUUUCUUUGUGAUAAUCUACACUGCUCAUUCGUUUAUAUAUAGUUAUUCUAUCGAGAGUUUUCGGUCAAAUUGACAAAACUUUAUGUUAGUAAACUUCAGAGUAAGUUUUUAACUCAUGUUGCUUAUUUUAUUAACAUAUGAUUCAACUAAUGGUGUACAGGAGUAAACGGUUUAACAUUUAAAAUGUAAUUUCUAUUAUGGAUUGUGUUUUGUUCUUACCGUGCCAAAUGUUUGCUUCCACUACAUUGCAAUUUGCAAAAGUGUAAAAGAGAAUUUCUAAUGAGGAAUGUGAAGCCAAACGUAUUGUGCACGACUAUUUUAUAAUGUUCAUGUCCUUCAUAUGACUUUUCUCUUAAAGUACACUGAUUUUAAUCGUACAUGAAGCAUACAUAAGUGGAUGAUAUGUU